GCCCAGCCCCGUUCCCCUGCGCUCCGCCCCGCAGGUGUUAAUGAAUAUUCAUGUGCUGAAUGCAUAUGCAUCAGCGUGCGCCGAGCCGGGAUCGGGAUCGGGAUCGGGAUCGGGAUCGGGAUGGGCAGCGCGGCCGGGCCGCUCCGGGUGCUGCUGGACAUGGACGGGGUCCUGGCCGACUUCGAGGGCGCGGUGCUGCGGGAAUUCCGCGCUCGCUUCCCGGCGGAGCCGCGCGUGGAGCUGGCGGAGCGCCGGGGGUUCUCGGUGCGGGAGCAGUACCGCAGCCUGCGGGAGGACCUGGCGGACAAGGUAGCCAGUGUCUACGAGUCACCCGGCUUCUUCCUCAAAUUGGAUCCAAUUCCAGGAGCCCUGGAAGCUGUGCGGGAGAUGCUCCACAUGCAGGACACUGAUGUCUUCAUUUGCACGAGCCCUCUGCGGAAAUAUGAGCACUGCAUCGUGGAAAAGUAUAAAUGGGUUGAGAAACACUUGGGACCCGAGUUCGUGGAGCGGAUUAUUCUGACCCGGGACAAGACCGUGGUGGCCGCUGACCUGCUGUUUGAUGACAAGGACACCAUCCAAGGCGCAGAGCCAAACCCGAGCUGGGAGCACAUCCUGUUCACCUGCUGCCACAACAGGCACGUGCAGCUGCCGGCCCCGCGCCGGCGCCUGCGCUCCUGGGCCCACGACUGGAAGGCCAUCCUGGAGAGCAAGCGUCUUCCCCCUGGCCAGGGAACCAGCCCAGCCCCUGCCGUGCCCAGGAGGCACUGUCACUGAGAGAUCAGCCACAGAAAGAAAUGAGCUGCUCCUGUCGCAGUGCUCUGGGUUUCUGGAAGAUUGCUCUGCACUUGGUUAAUCUCUGUAGCAUUUUGGAUGGUUGCUGUUGGAGAAGAGAAACUGUAAACUACAAGCAGUUGUGGUUGGUUUUUUGUGUGUGUUUAACCUCACUCCUGUUUGGUUUGUGCUGUU